AAUAUGUUGCUGAAAAUAAUUUGCAUUAUCUUUAUAAUAAAUACGUUCUCUUUGCUGUGUGAUGCAAUUCCAAUUUCGGAAUAUAAUGAAACGGCCGUGCUUGUAUCAAUAAAUUCUCAAUUAUCCGAACUAAGAGCGGUACAGGAACGUCAUGAAAAGUUGAUAGAUGGACUUGUUAAGGCCGUGGAUGUUCAGAAUCGUCAGGAAAAGUUUUUAAAUGAUCUUCUUAAAGCAGCAGAUAUUCAAUCCCUUCGUGCGGACAUUCAAUCAAUAAAAGCGGAGCAGGAAAGACUGAAGAAGGAUUUACUUGAAAAUGAAUCGGUUAAAAACAAUUUUAGAUAUCUUGCCAACAGCUGUACGGGGGCUAAGACUAGUGGUAUCUACGACAUACUCAUCCCCAACUAUAGUAGUAAACCUGUUGAAGUUGCCUGCGAUACGAAAACUCAAGGAGGAGGAUGGACGAUCAUCCUGAGAAGGAUGGAUGGCAGUGUCGACUUCUAUCGAAACUGGACUGAAUACCAAAGAGGUUUCGGAGAUUUAAGUGGCGAGUUCUUUUUAGGUUUGGAUAAAAUACACGCACUAACUGCUGAUGGGAAACAGGAGCUACUUGUAGUUCUCGAAGAUUUUGAUGGAGUUGAAAAAUUCGAGGCGUAUGAUUCAUUUGCAAUCGGUGACGAGGAUCAACUAUAUGUCUUACACACUCUGGGCGAAGCCAAUGGAACUGCUGGAGAUUCUCUCAAUUAUCAUCGUGGCGAGAGGUUUUCCACAUUUGAUCGGGACAACGAUGAAAGUUUGGAAAACUGCGCUGAAUAUAGAACUGGCGCCUGGUGGUACGCUGAUUGUCACUUCAGUAAUCUGGCGGGGAGAUAUAAUGACAACAGCGAUCAUAAGGGCGUCAAUUGGUACCAUUUUCGGGGCCACGAGUACUCUUUAAGAAAAGCCGUAAUGAUGAUACGGCCGAGAAAGUGAAAAAUCUGCCUUCACAAACACAAAAGGUGUUACAAAGUAUAUAUUUUAUGUUUUGGGCGUAUUUGUAGAUAAUGUAUAUGUAUGCUUGUAUACUUGGAUACCAAGUGUAUAGAGAGAUCCUGUUUAAAUAUUAAUUUCAAUAUUAAAUAAUCUUUUUCAGUCAACGUUUUAAGGUUGACGCUUUGUAAAUAAACUGAGUCUUGAAUCUUACA